AUGGCCAGGGCCCUGCAGAGCAGGAGGGCGCAGGAGGGGCCCCUGGAGUGCCGGGACCCCGUGGUGCACAACGCCCUCUACACGGGGAACCUGGCCGAGGUGCAGCGCCACUUCUCCCAACGGUCGGCGGUCAACCUGCUCAUCCACGCCGAGGGUCCGGACCUGCGCUGGACCAGCCAGAAAUGGGACAGCGCCAGCCAAGCGCCAGGGCGGCAGCGGGAGGAACGGCGCGGCGGCGGCGGCAGCGGCAACGGCGGCGGCUCCGUCGAAGGGCCCCGGCCGAGCGACCAGAGGCGGAAAGCGAGCGGCCGUGCCUCCGCCGGGGCUGGAGCUCCGGGUCACCCCGGGGACUCUGGCGGGGGGGCAGCCGGGCCGGUAAGUGCCGGCGGGGUCGAGGCCGCCGCCAUGCAGAGGCCAAGUAGCGGCCAAGGGGCCGCCUUCUCCAUCGAUUCCCUGAUCGGGCACUCGCCGCCCGCCCCGCGCUCCGGCCCGCUGCUCUACACCGGCUACCCGAUGUUCAUGCCCUACCGGCCGCUGGUGCUGCCCCACGGGCCGCUGCAAGCCGCUACCGGGCUGCCCCCGCUGGCCCCGCUGGCUUCCUUCGCCGGCCGCCUCAGCAACUCCUUCUGCGCCAGUCUCGGCCAAGCCGUCCCGUCCAUGGUGGCGCUCACCACCGCCUUGCCGAGCUUCGGGGAGCCCCCGGACGGCUUCUACCCGCCCCAGGAACUGCCGGUCGCCGGCAGGAGCAGCGCGGAGCCCCCCUGCCGACGCCGCAGCGGGGCAGAAGAAUUGGACAGAGGCGACCUGUCUCCGGCUCGGGACAAAGGAGCCCCGGAGCCGCCGCUGCACUUCCCGGACCCCUUUCCCGGCCUGGCAGACGGCAAAGGCGCCUACAGCUCGGACGAGGAGAAGGCGGACGAGCGGGCGGGCGAGGCGGGCUGCGGCAGCGAGCAGGACAGCUCGGCGGAGGCGGAGAGCGAAGAGGAGCCGUUCCUGGAGGCGGCGGCGGCGGCGGCGGCGGCGGUUCCUCCUGCCGCCUCUUCCUCCUCCUCCUCCUCGACCUCCUCCUCGUCGUCGUCGGGGGGCCCGGGGAAGAGCCGCCGUCGGCGCACGGCCUUCACCAGCGAGCAGCUGCUGGAGCUGGAGAAGGAGUUCCACUGCAAGAAGUACCUGAGCCUGACGGAGCGCUCCCAGAUCGCCCACGCGCUCAAGCUCUCCGAGGUCCAGGUCAAGAUCUGGUUCCAGAACCGGCGCGCCAAGUGGAAGCGCAUCAAGGCCGGCAACGUCAGCGGCCGCUCCGGGGAGCCGGUGCGGAACCCCAAGAUCGUGGUGCCCAUCCCGGUCCACGUCAACCGCUUCGCCGUGCGCAGCCAACACCAGCAGCUGGAGCAGGCCCAAUGA